GACGUGCCAGAGCAGCAUCACUACUUCACGGUAUAGCUUCCUCUGGAAUGGAGUUCGCGCUUGCGUUCGGGUCUGUUGGGGACUUUAUCGCAAUAGCUCUACUUAUCAAAGACAUAAUUUCUGCGUUGGACGACUGUCGCGGGUCUGCGAAAGAAUACCGCGACCUCAUCCAAGAACUCAACAUUCUCGAAAAGACGCUUCAGGAGGUAGAGCAUAUCUACAAUAACCCGAGGCUUUCUGAUGGUCUUGAUGACCUCAGUAAAAUUGCCCUACUCACCACCAAACAAAUCCAACAAUGUUUAGAAGGGUUUUGCGAUAAGAUUCAGAAGUAUGGACCCAGUCUCGCGAAGGCGGGAACGGGGAAUGCCCUAAAGGAUGCUGCGAGGAAAAUCCAAUGGAAGCUCGAGGAAAACGAUUCCAGCAAGUUCCGAGCCGACAUCACGGGCUACACAAUGUCACUGCAAGUACUGAUGGAAGUUACCACCCUACGUAUUCUCCAACGAAACCACGAGAUGAUGGCGAAGAAAAUAUCGAGCGGCCAGGAUCGGACGGACAGCGUCAUUCGUGCUUCUAGCCAACGUUUAUCAGGCUAUAUGGAGAUUAUUGAAAGUCGAAUACUCUCAAAUCUAGAGUCGAUUUCUACGCUGGGAAUGGACCUCAAAAGCUCAACUGGCAACAUUCUCUCAAUUGUGUUGACCAUGUCCGGAGAGUUGAGCAGCAUAAGAGACAUGGUUAUGCGGCUAGAGCGACCACUGAGCGAUGAGCAUUUUAUCCUCGAGGAUGUUACUGGGCGGGCCAUUCCUAUUCAUUUGAAGACCAUAACAUCCUGGGAUGCCUUUGAGUAUAUCCUGAACGACCGUUUCAAGGGCAAGAAGGGUUCUCAUCGAAUUCGACGGAAUCUGUAUAACCUUCAAGAACGGGCCACUCGCCACGGGGUGGACCGGUCAACCGACUGGGAAAGUGCGUUUCUGCCAAAUCAGAGAUUCGAUAUGAGCUUGAUAUGCCAAGAAGCGCAGAAAGAUCCCGGCGAGAGGCUUCUAUCUAGCUGCCCUUUCUGCAAGACAAUGUCGCCCGCCAAGACGGGUGUUGAAGUACAAUGCCAAAAUUGCAACAGAUUCUUCACAAGAGUUGUGGAACUGGAUGAAGAAAUUGGUGCACCUGAGGCACCAGUAUCUGCAGAUCAAGCCUAUGAUGCUGGACUUGGCAGAUCCUCCUCCAAGAAAGGGAAUGGUCGAAACAAUGCUGACUCGGGCGAUGAAAAACAUUCCCGGAAUAAAUCAAAGCGAAACAGUCAAGAGCCGGAAUCCGAUUCUGAUGAUGAGGAUGUGCGAGGCUUUGUGAGGGUCACCCUGGUAUCAAAGCAAAGGGCGAUCGAGGAGGUCACCUUGCCAACUAAGUCAUCCCAUGCGAGAUCUUCGGAUGGAGAAGUCGAAUCUGAGGUGAACCUGAACGAUUACGUCGAAUCCUCCUCCUCCUCUUCUUCUUCCUCUUCUUCCGACAACGACGCGUAUGAAAAAACCACGCAAAACACAGUUGACGGCAAGCUCGUAGCAACUGAAGCGGACGCUCGGAAGCAUCGAAUCCCAUAUGGAUACUCACUUAAGAACUGGAACCCCACAGAGGAGCCAUUUCUAGUGUUGGGGAGCGUAUUUGACGCCAACAGCGUUGGAAAGUGGAUUAAUGAUUGGACUGUCUUCCAAUAUGGUCCUGAUUCUCCAGCCUCAUUGCUAUCCCAAGAGCUUCGGCUUCUUCUCGUUCACCUGGCAGCCAAUAUCAAACGAGCCGAAGAGGGUUUCGAACGGACACGUCGGCCCGAUGACAAGGAUAUGGUUGAAGAUUUCCUUGAAUCCGGAGAUCGUCUGUUCAAUAAAUUCAAGAGCCUGCUCGAAGCAUGCGAGACACCUGUAAUCAAGGCUUCAAAAAAGAAGAGCGAAAGCCCCGGUGUCAAGUUUGUCAAAACCCUCUUUGAUGGAAGUAAAGAGUUAACUAGAACAGAAAAUUUUAUGACCAGGGUCAGGCUUUGGAACUUCCGUUUUGAUAAUCAUUGUCUGGAAAUUCUUUUGAAUGUCUCCCAAUAGAUGGAGUUUCUGCUAUGUUCAGGAGAUAUACCACUCGGGCUUCGAUAUAAUGGAGGAAGAAUGACGCACAUAUUUAACUUUAAGUUCAGGAGUUAUAUAUCAUGAUUAUUUAC